AUGAUCUCCUCGGUUCUCCUUGUUUUCGCACUUUCACUCUUUGCUUCCACCAACGCCGCCGCCGCCGUCACGAACGCGAAACGAGCAAUCACACCUCUUCCUGCAAAUGGAAAGUUUGACUACCAGAUCGGUGGUGCAUACACGCCCGAUUCCGACGUCAAGGUAGUCACCAGGGAUCGUACCGAAAGUCCAGCGCAGGGAAAGUACAACAUCUGCUAUGUGAACGCUUUCCAGACACAACCAGACGAAAAAGCUUUCUGGCAGUCAUCCGAGCGGGAUCAUCUCCUUCUCCGCAACGCGAAUGGCGAAUACUUCGUUGACCCAGAAUGGCCAGACGAAUUCCUUCUAGACACGUCAAAAGACCAAAAUCGCCAAGAGAUUGCAGCCGUUAUCAAUGGAUGGAUUUCUGAUUGCAAGCAGAAAGGGUUUAACGCCAUCGAAGCUGACAAUUUGGACACUUUCUCCCGGUCUAAGGGACUUCUCACAGUCGAUAACAACCUUCAGCUCGCCAAGAUCCUUACGGACCAUGCCCACUCUCUUGACAUGGCCUUUGGCCAGAAGAACGCGGGAGAGGUGGCUGCGAGGGCGAAGAAGGAAGCCGGGUUUGAUUUCGCUGUCGUGGAACAGUGCCAAGAGUUUGAAGAAUGUGAUACCUACACGGAUGUGUAUGGAAAUCAGAUGUUGGAGAUUGAAUACUACAACGAGGACUUACCGGAGAAUGGGCUGGAGAACUUCAAGGAUGCUUGUCAGGCGAGGGGUAACCAGAUCUCAAUCAUCUUUCGAGAUGUGGAAGUUAGGCCUCCUGGGUCAGAAGACCGGGUAUAUCAAGAAUGUUAG